AUGCAGUCAAUGCCACACUCUAACUUUAAAUGGAUCAUAGGGUACCAAGACCAUCUCACCAAAUUCUGCAUUCUUCGCUCUCUUCAAACCAAACGUGCUGCAGAGGUUGCCUUCCAGCUUGUAGAUAUCUUCCUUCUCAUGGGUGCCCCUGCUGUUCUUCAAAGUGAUAAUGGCUCUGAGUUCACAUCCAGGGUGAUUACUGAGCUAAAAGAAAGGUGGCCAAGUCUCACCAUGGUUCAUGGAAAGCCCCGUCAUCCACAAAGUAAGGGUUCUGUGGAAUGUGCGAAUGGUGACAUUAAGGAUAUGUUAGUUACCUGGCUUGCAGAUAAUAAUUCACAAGACUGGUCAGUUGGUAUCAAGUUUGUUCAGUUUCAGAAAAAUGCUGCUCACCAUUCAGGGAUAAAGUGCUCUCCGUAUUCUGCUAUAUUUGGUUGUGAAGCCAGAGUUGGCCUGACUUCUUCACCUCUACCCACAGAAGUUGUCUCAAGGUUGGAGAGUGAGGAUGAUCCCAUAGCAGUUAUGUCAGGAGAGGAUACAACAACAACAGGUUCUGCUGCAAGUUCUACUGGUUCAGGGACACUAGCGAAGCAACUAUAA